AUGUCUUUUUUUCUGAACGGAGGCGGAAACAAGCGGCGUGGUAAAACAGCGAAAAAUUUGGGUAACAAAGGAAAAAAGCUAAAGCUUGACGAGGAACUGUCGUCUGAUGAAGAUAUUGUUGACGAAAGACACCCAUUUGCUGCACUUAGUGAUGAGGAUGAGUUCGAAGAUGUGCAUGCGAAAGCUUACAGAGAAGCUAGGAAUGUUCUGCAGAAGCUGAAGGUAACAUUUUGUUUUAUUUAUUAUGAAGUUUAGAUUACAGUGGAGUCUUUUUAGGUCAAUCUGAUAGACAUUAACAUUUUUAAUUUCUUAGCGUUUUUUUUAUUUUUUCGAGUUUUUAGCAUGAUGGUCGACAAAGAAAAAACGAAAAUGAAGAUUCAGAUGAACAGGAAGAUGUCGAUUAUGACGCGAUUUCGCAUCGUCUGAAGCAAAAUGCGUUUGAAAAAACCGUGAAGUAUCACAGAAGAGUGGCUGAUUCUUUUGUCAUUAACGAUGACCUUACAAUUGUUUAUAGACCACAUCGUUUAUCUACUGUUUCUGUGGCUGUUUCCAGAAGUGGAAGGUAUAUUAUUAGCUGUUCAAAAGACGGAAGCAUCAUGAAGUGUGAGUUUAUUUUUUUUAUAUUGACGAUUUUUUAUUUUGGUUAAGUUUAUUAUUUGAUACCACUUUUUUGCAACUAUUAUAUUUGAAAAUUUAUUAGGGAAAAUUUUCAUUUGACAACAUUUUGUAAAUACAUUGGAAUUCUUUUAUAACUCCUACAUAGAUGUAUUACAUUUUUUACUUCUGCUUUUAAUUUUAGACGAUAUGAAGCUUCAUAAAGUUGUCGCAAAACUAGUUCCACAGAAGAAAAACUUUGGAAAAACUUUACACAAAGGACAAAUUUUGUGUGUUGCCAUCUCUGGUGAUGACAAGUAUAUUGUAUCUGGUGGGGACGAUAGUAUAAUAAGAAUAUACUUGUUGUCAAAUUUGAAACACGUCAAAAAUUUAAAAGGACAUAGUGGACCGAUAACUUCAUUGGUGUUUAAAUCGGGAACAAACGAUUUGUAUACAGCGAGUUGGGACAAAUCUAUUCGAGUAAGUAUUGUUGUUUUAAAUGAGGUUAUAUUUAAAAUCAAUUGAUUGGUUAAAUAUUUUUUUUCUUCAUUAUUAAAAAUUUAUCGCGUUAUUUUUAUAAUACAGCUUAGGAAUUUCAAAGUUAUAGUUUUAGUAUAUUUUAUUUAACAAGCAAAUUUUUUAAAAAUAUUUAUGAUUUAACUAACUUUUUUUACAGUUUUCAUAAUAUAUUAACUUCAGUCGUGGAAUCUUGAUCAAAUGGGUUUUGUAGAAGUUUUAUAUGGACAUUCUGACCCAAUCACUCAAAUUGACAUGCUUAACAAACCUAAGCUGGUUUCUGCUGGUGGUAGUGCUCGAACUAUUCACUUGUUCAAGAUCGAACAUUCCAGUCAACUCGUUUUUAACGGAAUGACAGAUUCGGUUAGCAUUGAUUGUGUAUCGAUGAUUAACGAAGAUCAUUAUGUGUCUGGUCAAAUGAAUGGGUAUGUUAUCAGUUGUUUAAAACUAUGACUUAAAUAAUAGUCUAAAAAUUAUUAGCCAAACUUAAUUUAAUAAUUUUAAUUGUAAUUACGCAACAAAUUUGUUGAUUAUUUUUUUAAACUUAUUAAAUGUAAAAACUAUAAUUAAUAGCUGGGAAAAAUAAAACUAAAUAUUAAUUUUUUAGAAAUCAUUGUUAAAAGUAAACAAUUUUUUUAUAGAUCUACUUAUUGAGUAAAGAUAUUAUAAAUUUAAGGUCUAUAUAUGUUUGGUCUGUUUUUAAAAAGAAACCUGUCUGCAUGGUGCGAGAAGCUCAUGGUGUUGACGAAAAAACAGGGGAGACUCGAUGGAUAACAGCAGUGACAGCACGACCGUAUAGCGAUCUUGUUGUCAGUGGUUCUUCGAAUGGACAGCUGAAAUUUUGGAAAGUUGCUGAAGAUUACAAAUCAUUAACAUUGGUUGAUACUUUUCUAUUGGUAAGUUCGCAUAAUUAUAGAUGUGUUUCAAAUAAGCGUAUUAAUAUAAAAAGAGCAAGGUGAGGUGACGUAAAAUAUUUUUUGUUAUUAUGAGUUUGACUCACGAAUGAUAAUAUUUGACAGGAAAAGAGAGGAAACGGAUUUUAAUACGUUUUUAAGUGAAAUAAAAUUUUUAAUCGAUAACAUGAGCACAUUUUCACUGUGUUUUUUCUUGGGGUCUACUUUCUUGUUAUAAAAUAGUGUAUGGAGUUUUGAGGUGAGGCAUGGAGUUGUGAUGAGAUUAUCAUCUACGAAUUUUAGAAAGAAAAAAUAUGAACAUUUUAUAAUUAUAGAAAAUUUGAGAAAACGUUAGCUUAAGGUGAUGGCUUUUUUUAAUAUAUGCGUACUAAUUUUACAAAAAAAAUCUAAAAGCUGUCAAAAGGAAAGUUUAAAUAAAAAUAUUCACCUUUGAGAUUAUGUGGGAGUGAAGACGCUGUUAUUUUUUCCCUCGACUCGAUCAAAGGAAGGGCUGAAUUCUGACAGUCUUUUAUUCUAGAUUUGUACAGCAGAACCGUCGUGCGAGACGAGAGUGUUGGUUUUUUUUCAUCUAUUCCAUGUUUUUCGAAAGUCGAUUGCAUUAUAUAAACUGGGUUAAGGAACAGAAAACUUUGUCUACAUUUUCUUCUGAAUUUAGUUUUUUAUUGAUUAGGAACUAGUUAAAACUAAUGGCAAAUCAGUUUUAACAUAUUAAAAGUUUUCUCAAUAAUUAUUUUAUUUUUUAAGUUAAUAUUGCUUUUUAGGCAGGAUUUUUGAACGAAAUGAAGUUCAGCGAAGAUGGAAAAACUUUAGCAGUAGCAGUUGGUCAGGAACACAAAAACGGCAGAUGGUUCAAAGUUUUUGAAGCACGAAACAGCAUUGUACUUCUACGACUACAAUAUGAUACGGAUGGUGUAAAUGAUAAAUUGGCUUUCGAAUCUGAAGAGGAAAUUGGAGAAUCAUCUGACGAAGCGAUGAGUGAUGCUGACGUUACAGUUACUAAAAGCGAUUUGCGCAAUAAGUUAAGCGUAAAAGCUUACAGCGACUCAGUUCAAGACCAAAAAGGUCCAGGACAUAUUCAGGAUGAUUUUGAAAAAAAUGGAAGUGACCUAGAAGAUUAG